CGGGUGCGUGGUACUGCGUUGCUAAUUCUCUGCUUAGCCAGCCAACAUUCACCCCAGUCGAUUUCACCUCCCUACUUGCGACCCUUAACAGCUACAUUCAAUCAUGCGGAGGAGACCAAGCGCUGGAGCCCACCGUCGAGAAACCGCGGAUGAUGCUUCUUUGCCGGGCUUGUAGGCUCGAAGAUGAAUUCUUCCUCGUCUUGCACCAGCUGUUUUCCAUGUGGUCGCAGGAUCCGCAGCAGGCCCACCGAUGCCUUCCCCAGGGCCGGCAGACCAUUGAUGGCGCCUUCGCCAUCCUCGAGACGGUUCUCAAGAAGAACCAGCUCAUGUCGACGGCCCUCCAGCAAUGGUUUGCUAGGUUUCCGGUCCUCCCUGAGCAGUUCAGUCGUGGGCCAGUCGGCGGCGCCGGUGUCUUGAUGGAGAUCGCCACGUUUCUCGGCAACCUUGCCAAGGAAUACGAGUCGCUAACAGCCGCAACAUUGCACCGUGGUUAUCCGUUCCUCGUCGACGAGCUGUUGAGCAGGCUAGGCUGCGCGUCCACGGUCUUGCAGUUCAUACUCUUCACUGCCUGUCGUAGAAGAUUAGGCGUGCAGGAUGAUCAGCUUGGCAACGAGAUGGACACGGCAUUUCGAAAGGACCAGGACAGCCAUCGCUGCUCCACAUCUGGGCGCAUGGGUCUGGCGCCUAUCACCCAACCAGGGCAAAUCGAGCAGCGGAAUGCUGGACUUAUUGCUUACUUCAGAGAGAUAGUCACCGCCGCCACGGCUGCUCGCAGCUCGGCUCAAUACAGCCUUCGGUUUCCCUCCGUCCCCGGUGCGCCAGCGCCUCAGCAACAAGCAGUCCUCCAGGACGCUGUACUCUCCGCCCAGAAUACACAGCAUCAACAGGCUGUGCUCACGCCUUCCCCUAUUCCGAACGCCUUCCCUUCUAUAUACCCAAGCUCAGCGGUACCGGUGCCACCCCAACCAUCGACGAUACCGGUGAACCCGUAUGCGGGCCAACACGUUGUGAACCGACCAGGAUCAGUACAGAGCGGGGCUCAGAGCAACCCGCAAACUCCUCAGCUACAGCUACGGACACAACCGCUCCCCAGCUCGGCCCAACAUCACCCAACAGCCGGCAGUUAUGUCACGAAUCAAGCAUCCCAGACGCCACUGCCGCCGUAUAUUCCGCAGCAGCCGCAACCGAUGGUUCCGCAACCGACGGUUCCGCAACAGCAACAGGCAGCGACCACCUUGCAACAAUUCAAUCAGCAGCAGUAUCAACGAACCGCGCAGAUCACCGGGAACUACCCCGUGCAAGUUGGUUUUCAGACCGUGCCAUACCCGGCUUCUAUGUUUCUCAGAACCCAGCCUCCAUCGGAUUUGCAACAGCGGCAUCUGCAGCAACGGCAUCAGCUACAGCAACAGCUACAGCUACAGCAGCAGCAACAGCAACAGCAACAGCAGAUGCACCAGACGCAGCCAACGCAGCAAAUGCAACAACAGCAGCCAGUGCAGCAACUGCACAAUAUGCAAUGGACCCAGCAGGCCCAGCUUGUUGCACAGUCAGGUCGCCUCCCUGCUAAUGGAACCCAGCCCGUGGUCUCUUCGGGGCCUCGAAUGCCAGUUCAGCCGACCCAGCAACACAUUCUCUCGAGACGCGAUCCACAAGUGAGGGAUCCGCUGCUGCCCCCACCAGGCACCGUCAUUCCGCGGCCAGAGUGGCCGUACGGCCCCUCCGACAGGAAGUCGAUCAUGAUGUCGCUUCACCAGGCACAUGUUCGCAGUCCGAAGCGAGUCACCAGAGAGGGCGAGAAGGAGCGCCUGUACCAGGCUGUGAAAACACUCCCGGUGGGACCGACCUCUUUGGUCCCGAAGAAUACCAUGUACCAGUUCCGCUUUGAAAUAUCCGAGGAGCAGUUCGCCCUAGCAGCGACCAAGUCUCAAGCUUGCGGGAACCUGCUGCCCGUGGUCGAGCACUACAACGGCGCGCUGCGAUGGCGAAUCAGGUGCUGCGUGGCUCCAGCCUCGCACGAGAUGCCCACGGAGCAGCAGUGGGCGACAUUGGACGUCAGCUGGCCGCCCAACAUCUUCAUGACGCUCAACCAUCAGGUUCUUGAUGUCCGCAGGCAACCCCACAACGGCAAAGAUCUUGCCACGGAAAUCACGGAUCUUGUCGUCUGCGGCACUAACGUGCUCAACAUUAGCUGUCCAGAUUUGCGGCGCGAAAGCGCCCAGAACCGGUUCUUAGCAGUCGAGAUGCUGGAGACGCUGAGCCACUCCAACGUCGUCAAACUCAUCUGGUCGCAGGGCACAAUUCCCGAGGAAGAGACGCUCGCAACCAUCAAAAAGCGGCUGGCCUCGCCCACCGACGAUGAAGUCUCGUUUGGGGAACCGGACCUCUCCAUCGACCUCGCCGACCCCUUCAGCGCCACCAUCUUCAAGUUGCCCGCUCGCGGCGUCGAUUGUACGCACAUGGAGUGUUUCGACCUGGAGACUUGGCUCAACACCCGGCCGAGCAAGCCGCCCAUCAAGUGCCCACAUAGACAGGCCAGGUGUACCUGCCCGAACACGCCCGAGCCGUCGAAUCCGGACAAGUGGCGAUGUCCGAUCUGCUCGAAGGACGCGAGGCCGUACAGCCUGCGUAUCGAUGGCUUCUUGCUCAAGGUGCGGGCGCAGCUGGAGGCGGAGGGCAAGCUGCAGACCAAGAGCAUGCGGGUCAGGGCGGAUGGGAGCUGGUCUGUUGUUCUCGAGACGGAUGAUGACGGGGGAAGCGACGGCGAGGGGUCGCGUGCGCGUUCGGCCUCGGCAGCAGCAGCAUCUUCAGCUCAAACGUCUUUGGGGAGAAAGGGAACGACGCAGCCGACGUCGUCAACAGGGCCACGACGAGAGGUGGAGGUUAUUGAGAUUGACUAGGGCCAUUUCGAUGCCCUCUGGGACGAGCUCCUCGACAGUCGACCGUCCUUCGGCUCACGUCAACAUCCGCUAUGAC